AUGCCUUCCUACAAGUAUCUUGUCUUGCUUUGCAUCGCUCUCCUCGUCCUGCUACCUCCUCCUGCGGCUGCUUUUGGCGCCGGCAAUAUCGCAUCUAUAUCCAAGGUCGAAGGUCAUAACUGGCGUCAUGGAGAUAUCGAGGAUAUGCUCAAGACUGUUGCCUGCCUGCGCGGCCACAAGUGGACUUCUACGAUGAUCAAGCGUGUCUACUUCGGUAACUGGCUGCGUGACUAUUCCCAGGCCAUCGAUGUUGGUACCCUGAAAGGUGUUCAGGCCGGCACCAUUCGGAUUCUCGUCUGGGUUCUAGCAUUCAUGUCAUUCGGUUAUGCGACCGGCGAGUUCGAAGUCACGGAUGAACGUCUUGGCGUAUACAGGCCUGAGGAGCAUAUCGACAACCCCAAAGACUACGCAGAUAACAUCGACGCACGAAAGUAUGAUCCAAGGCUUCGGCCACCUGUGCAACGGGAAGAGCUCGCGGUGGACCCGAGUUCAGGUAUGAAGAACUACAUCGCCAACGAGUACGGUGGUUGGGCAACGAGUGUAGGCUACAUCAAAUACAGCUUUGCGCGCGCUAUCCACUUCGGGAGACUCUAUACGCACGGCAACAACCGUGGCAGAGAAGAAGACUUGUGCGAAGCCUUGCGCUGCUUAGGUCAAGGUCUCCACUGCCUGGAAGAUUUCGGAGCGCAUACCAACUACACCGAGCUCGCGCUCCGAGAGCUCGGAUUCACGAAUGUUUUUCCGCACACUGGAGUAUCAACCCAGAUCAACUUGCGAGGAAAGCAUGUAUUUCCACUCGUUACUGGAACGUUUGGUGGAGUCGAUUUUCUGCAUUCAGUCUUAGGAGAGGCAACGGAUCACUUCACUCAGUCAGAAAUUGACGAGGUGAACACUGCACUAGGUGAUGCAUCAGCGCAAUCACAUAGGUCCAGUGGCGGCUCCAACGGCGCAUCCGGUCUUGUCGAUCUACUCUCCAAAAUCCCAGGCACUGGAGGCCUGUGUCAGGAGGCAAUGAGGCUGCAAGCUGCGUCUGAUGCCCAAGCGGCGUCCACUCCCGGGACGAGGACGCGAGGUUUCGGCGAUGACAACUACAGCAGCACACGCGCGUCAGGCGUUGCGCCUUCAUUUACGGCACCUCCUGGCUCGGUCGGCGGACCUCCUGGCCCUGGAAUACCGGGCAUGAGCCCAAACUUCGACCCGCAAGCCACCGUGGCAAAGAUCUAUCCCAUCCUGGAAUUCCGUGACAAAGUCGUACGCGCCAUCUCCAACGUGGUGUCUAAGAUACCCGGCUUAGAGUCGCUGAUCGAAAAGAUCACGGAGCGCCUUACCAUCUUCAUACUAUCGCUGCUGGCCCCCUUCAUCCAGCCAAUCAUCAACGCAGCCUCGCAGCAACUAAAGCAAGGCUCCUCCUCCAUAAUCGAAGCGAGCGGCAAGCAUCAGUACGAGCCGUGGACAGACCCUUACUGCACCGACCCAACACACUCCUUGCUGUCCAAAGACCACUUUUCCAACAUUCUUAACGAGCCCGCCGGCCAGGUCGCAGCUGCUAUUCUCCAAUACGUCGCGCCCCGCAUUAUCUAUGCAUGGGACCAUCCGGACGUUCCUGUAGACCAGGUGCUCAACGACGUGGCGUGCGUGUUCCAUCAUCCCGCGAUCCGGGAUCCCAGCUGCGAAGUUCACAGGAACAUGUUCGCCAUCAUCGAGCGCUGGGUGCACUCGGGAGCGGACAGACGGUACGAUCUGAAUAACAUCCUGGGCUCCGAAAGCGUUCGGGCAGGUAAGAAUCAUCGCGGCGGAGGGCCGGAUGCUGGACACGGGCAUGGAAGUCAUGGACAGAGUGCUCAUGGCGCUCACACAGGAGGGCACAGUAGUACCAGCCAGUCUAAACCCUCUGGUUCACCGUUCGACCUGCUAGGCAAGAUCGCAGGAGGUGCUCUGCCGUUCAACCUCCCUGGUGCAGGCAAGCGCGAUGUCGAUGACGGGCAGGCGUCAAAUUUUCAGAGCGACCCUUAUUCGCAGCAGGGCUCGUAUGACCCGCCUCAUAGCAGUGGCGGCUAUCCCCAGGCGUACGAUACGAGCUACAGCCAACAGCAGCCGUACCAGCAGCAAGGAGGUGGUUUCUCUCCAGGCAUGAGCGGCGGCGUUGGCGGCAUCUCUGAUCAAGACAUGUAUACCUACCCUUCAGCCUACCAGCAGGGAUAUGAGCGGCCGCACGAGUACGCACAAGAGCCAUUGCCACCUCAAGGACAGCAGUUUGGGCAGGAACAGCCACCUGCUGCUGAACAACUGUACGAACAGCAGGACUACCAGGGAUAUGGUGGACCGCCUGGUCAGCAAGGCUGGUUUGGAUCUGGUGAUGGAAAGUCAGGCUAUUGA